GAUAUUGAGGAAAAUAUUGAACAAAAUUUAGAAAAUGAGGAAUUGGAUGAUUAUAAAUUGAAAGAGAAUGAAUUAGAAGAGAAUAAAUCAAAGAAAAAUAAAUCAGAAAAGAAUGAAUUAAAAGAGGAUGAAUCAGAGAAGAAUGAAUCAGAGAAGGAUGAAUUAGAGCAGGAUGAAUCAGAAAAAGAUAGAUUAGAGGAUAACUUAGAGGAGAAUGAAUUAGAGGAGGAUAAAUUAGAUAAGGAUGAAUUAUAG